UCAUUUUCACAAAUUUUCGUUCGAUGAAUCACAAAUUUAUGUGAACCAUUUAUGAAGUAGUUUUUAUAGAUUGACUUCUCUCGAAAGCAUUAAAUGUGAUUUUUAAUGCUGAGUGUGGUUUAUGUUGAUACAAAACGUAACGAAUUUGAGAAACGAUACUCUAAGCUUGACGCAGAAUGGAGUCGAACGUCACCAUUCCUAGAGAAGCAUUUAGCGAACUUUUAGUAGCAUCAAACCGUCAACCUGAUGCUUUUAAACCUGACCCAUGGACUAAUGAUCCGGAAGAUUCUGACACAGAUGAGGAAUGUACAAUAGUAAAAGUUGAGCAGCUACCAGAAGAGGAAAGUGCUGUCGGAGCUUAUCAUGAUACGACAAUUGACGCAAAUGAUAGAAACUCGUGGUCGAAACAGAUUCAAGCAUUCCCUGCAGCACAGAGUCCUGCCUUUCCUUCAAAGCGAUCAUUCAGUGUUAUGACACAUGGUGAACCUGGGUCAAUUCCUACAAUGUGUACAAUACCGGUCACAAACCACAACCGUUUCUCACCAUUCAGUAAUCAUUUUUAUGAUAACGAUUUAAGUUUAGGCACCGGAGGGCCUGCCUUAAAAACACGCACAAAAAUUACAGUGCGGGAAUACGUCUACGAGUUACCGGUUGGUGAUAUGCCGAAUAAUGAAGCAGUUAGCCUGCUAGCCAUGUUCGACAUGGAUGCUCAAAACAUGCCACUGGAAGCUCUGUGCAAACUUUGGGGUAUUGCGGCUCUUUACCCACAGUUGGUUGAUAAUCGGGUUACUGAUGUCAAAAGGCUUUUACGCCUCGAACCGGAGGAUAUCAAUGAGUUGACCCGCAUCAUUGGCUAUCGAAUUACGCUAAGAGACGUGAUCUAUUAUCUGAAAAACAGAUAUACCGUACCUGUGGAGUCAACGGCUAAGCUUCGGAGAGCUCCGAAAAAAGAUGAAAUUGCUAAUACUUGUCAGUUUCCUGAACUUCGAAGUUUUUUGUGCAGCUCGCUAACUGGUCAGUGCAUUGUCAAGUUCUACGAAGCCAAACACGAGCUCGAUAACGCGAGAAGAAACGAAUUAGUUAAAAUUAUCGUCCUGGAAGCAAUCAAACGUAACAUUACGUUGGAUCAUGCUUAUUUUAGAGCUAUGAGCGCGACAAUUCAAGCGACGUUCCCUAACGAACCAAUGACAAUCUAUUUCACCCCUCAGAGCAGAAGUGGUGACCGACUGGUACCAGCAGGCGGUAAGUUCAUUAAACGCAAAGCGGUUAUCUUGCGAUCAUUAGAGGUACCAGUUGAAACGGAAACGGUCGAGCAGCCGGAGGAGGAAACUAUUUUAAACAAAGAAGAACAGGAAGCUGCCCGUAUAUGGCUGAUCGAUGGACGAACACCAGAGGAAAAAGUUAUAGAACACUGGAUUAAGUGUCGAGAGUUGCGAAGAAAGCGGUUUUUGGGAUUGAAGUCCUUGGAAAACCGAAUCGCUAUGUUCCCAAUUGUGCAAUCUUUUUUGGCUCGUGCUUUACUAACUCUUGAUUUCGAAAGCGAAAAUCCUGGAAAAUUGCAAACAUUUUAUCAAUCAUUUCCUGAGCUGCAUAUAACGAUUGGACGACAUUUGGAUUCCAUCAAAGACAGUGAAACGCGAGAGAAAAUUCGAACAUACAGGAAUGCACAAAGUAAGGAAAGUAAGAAUGUACUACUGGCUUUCCUUCUUCCCGCUCUUAUUCCUACCAACUAUCGUGUCAGUGGAUUGUGGCGACCAUCAAUCAAAGAAUCGCUAGAUGGUUUCAUUUUGUAUGUUCAGAAUCCCGAACAUAUGAACGCCACCAUCGAAGCCAGAAAGUGUUUACUAAUGGAGAAGAGCAGUGCGAACAAGGAGCUGCGACUUCAGUCAACCGUCGUGGUUGUCGGUGAUAUAGAAGACCCGUCCUACUUUGUGAUUUGUGAUCGUUUGCAGUACCCGGCCAAUUCCAUAGUAGAUGCUAUUGGGUUUGCCGUGGUGCUCACGUGUACGCUCAAUUUGCGUUACAACGACGAUGCGAAACCGAUUUGGCUGUUCAUUCAGCAGUAUUUAUUCCAGAUGGAAACCGUUGAUAGUGCAAAGUCCACCGAUGAGUUUAUUCGGAAAUUGAGGAUGACUUAGCUGGACCGGUCGGGAGAAAUUUUCAGACUGUUAUGUAUAAAUGUGUAUAAAUAAACAAUGAACUAUUAGGAUGUAGUUAUAACGUAUUAGUUCCUAUAUCGUAUAUGAUUUUUAAGAAUAAAUAUAAAUGCAUUCGUAAUAGUUCGCUUUAUUAUAG